GUGACAGCUGCUGCUGAUGACAGUUAACGGAGACGCCCACAAACUAAUCAGUGCAGACGCGAAACACACAGACUUCACCACAAAGUGCAAACACCCAGAGAUCACGGUUUACCAACCGUGACAAGUAGGUUAUGGAAGGCAUGCAAAUUGCAAGAUGACGUGUUGCACAUGACGGUGUGUCUCUUAGGGAUGCAGGGCGUAUGAGCACUUCAUGAGCACUUCUCCAUCCGCAGGAGCAGGAAUGGCUUGGCAGAACAGUCAAAAUCGAUUACUGUUUCUCUUUGAAUAUACAACAGUCAGAUAUGUGGGCACGGAUAAUAAGAAAAUUGGACUUCUGUACAGAAUAUUUCAACUCACUAUCAUGGGAUAUCUCAUUGGAUGGGUAUUUUUUAAAAACAAAGGAUACCAGGUAAAAGAUGAUACUAUCGAGAGUUCUGUGGUAACUAAAGUUAAAGGAGUUGCACGUGUCAACACAACAGAUUCAAAUUUGUGGGGACCAGAGGAUUAUGUUUUCCCCAGCCAGGGUGAGAACUUUCUUUCUAUAGCAACCAAUUUCAUCGAGACACCAAACCAAAAAUUAGGCAACUGUUCAGAGAACCCAGAAGUACCGAAAAACACAUGCUCUAAGGAUGAAGAUUGCACAGUGGGAGAGGCUGUUAGGGCUGGAAACGGAAUUAAAACUGGCGUUUGUUUGGAAACACACAAUGGUACUUGUGAAAUAUAUGGCUGGUGUCCCACUGAAAUACGCAAGAAUCCAGACCCAGCCACCAUUAUGAGAGAAGCUGAAAACUUCACUUUGUACAUAAGAAACUUCGUCAGAUUUUCCCGGUUCAACUUCUCAACAUCAAAUGUUCCAAAUGAAAACAGAACAUUGUAUUUAAAACACUGCUCAUAUGAUGAACAUUUUCACCCGUACUGUCCUAUAUUUCGCCUGGGAGAUAUUGUGAACAAAACUGGACAUAAGUUUGAAGAAAUGGCUAAAAGGGGUGCUUCAAUUGGGGUUCUGAUUGAGUGGCUCUGUGACCUUGAUAAAGACUCAGAUUGUCGUCCUCGCUACAGCUUUGUAUGUCUGGACAAAGUCACAUUUGACUUCAGAUUUGCUCGCUAUUCCACUGAUGCUGCAGGACAGAGGCAAAGAACAUUUUACAAAGUUUUUGGAAUACAUUUGGACAUCAUGGUGUGUGGAACGGCAAGAAGAUUUUGUAUUAUUCCUACGAUUGUCAACAUAGCCUCUGCUGUGACUUUAAUGGCUGCUGGUUCUUACAUCUGUGACAUUAUGCUACUGUACGCAAUGAAGAAGAGGACUGUUUACACAGAGUCGAAGCUUGACAGAAUGACAACGAAUGACAAAGAAAUUCCAUUACAAAUAAUGCCAGAGGGUCUGAAGAGAAAAUUCAGUUUAUGAAUAUUACAAUAAUAGUAAUGAGGAAAGUGGCUUACACAUAAAAAAAAAAAAAAUUUAAUAAAGUCUCACUUUAUAGCUUAUUCACUCUGAGGCAUUAUAAGCUGAAGUUAAGUAAAUGUAAUUUGCCUAAUAUAUUGUAUAUAAAUACAAUCUCAUAUUCAGAUUUAUGUUUGUGUUGGACUUCCUGAUGUUGUGUCUAAAGGACCUGUGGAAAUGUAAAGCAUAUUUAUCAAUCAGCUGGAAUUUGUAAAUGUCUUGUUUUUCAUCCCCUCUGUGGAAAUAUCUCAAAGAUAAGUUUGCUCCAUGAGAUGUGAUUCUUCCAUGUGUUGCAAAUGAGGGAAUUGCUGGUUCUUAUUUAGAGUAAUGCGUAGUCUGUCUGCAUGGACUUCAGAUAGAAAUCAUAUAAGAUGGAAAUGACGCAAUACAUGUAUUACAUUAACUUAAUAGUCAAUUAUAUUAGUUAAUAUUAGUUCCAAUGCAACAGCCUCUAAAAGCCAUCUUGGUCAAAAAUGAGAUAACGAUAAUGAGAGAAUGAACACACAAUAUGUUCACUUCAGUACUUACAUAAAAGCCUAUACAUAAUAGCCAGAAAGGAAUGCUAGUUUUAAAGAAAAAUGUCAGACGUACAGUACUUAGAGGCUUUUGCAUCUGAACUUUUCGUAUGAUUUAAGACAUUA